AUGACCAAGCCGACGCCUACGACCCACGACGGGCAAGCCGCGAGCGAGCGCAAGGUCGACGUCGGGCAACAUGGCGAGCUGUCCUUGUACAUGCUCCAGCAGCAACUCGACGACGCGGUUGCGCAAGUGGCCGCCGAGGACGAAGCGCUCCGUGCUGCGGCCAGCGCUCUCCGAGAAGAGCAAGACGCGCACACCGCAACAAAGGCCGCUGUUGCCGAGCAACUUCAAGCCGUCAACAACCAGCUUCAAGUCACUGCCGACGAACGUGAUGCCUGCAGCGCGCUUCUUCAAGCCGUCACCGCAGCUCUCCGAGAAAAAACAGAGGCGAUAAAAGCCAUUGCCGUCAAACUUCAAGGUGCCAUCGACCUACACAGCAGCGCUGCUCUUUAA